CGAAUCUGGUUUACGAACAGUUUCAUCGUUCCGCAAGCGAGCAAGACAGUCAAGUUAACCCUGCCACGUAAAUGCGGAUCAAUAAACAAAUCGUAGGUGCCCGCAAAGACAAAUAUAUAACCAUUUAACGCCAAAUUGUCGAACUAAUUGUGAUAUUAAGUAUUCUGUUUCGUUUGUGUGAUAAUUCAUCCAAUUUUUACCUGUGAAAAUAAUCUCUGGCUGGCCAGACUGAUAUGGAGCACUAAUGACAAUGCGCGCCCCCGCCCUUUCCGAGCCGAAAUCUACAUUUCCUACCUACAAAGUGCCUCAAUUGUCAGCCAUGAGGGGCCGCGCACCCCCAGUACAAGUCGCUCGGGCAGCUUGGGGGGUACGAGCCAACCCUCCAAGCCCACCCUUUGUUACCUACACGUUAGGUGACCUAUCUGUGAUACCUGGCUCAAGUUGCUGUCCCUCUGAAGGCUGCAACUCUAAUAUAAGGAUGCAAUCUGUGACCGAUAACUGUCUUCUGAAUUCUGUUACCGUACCAAAAAUACAACGUAUUGACCUGAAUAUGGUCGCCCACAAUAAUAGCUCUAAGUUAGAUGAUAAGUUUGGUGCUUUCGGACAAGACAUUCCCAACCAAAAGUCUGAUGACCUCGAAGAAUUUGACCUCUAUAACCUGAUGAAAGACCUCAGUGAGAGCUGCGAUAACAACGACAACUCUUGUAAUGGAUUACUAGACGAAAUGCGCACAAAUGAUUUUGGAUCAUUGAUCUACUCGAGUCCCCUUAGGUUGAGAGGAGGGGGAGAAAGCUCUGGCACUUCAAGUUGGGGUUCAUCUAAUACUCAGCCGGCUGGUAAUAAUAAUGCUGGCAAUUCAAGUGGCUGGGGAACAGCCAAUCCUGCAAACCAAAGCAACGCGGGCAGUCAACAAUGGAACGCAAACUCCAAUAGACCACCGGCCUCAAAUCAGGGACCUACAUCACAAGAUGGUAAUAAGACCAACUCUAAUAUUACAUCUGGCGGGCAACAGCCACCAACAUCUCAGUCGAACAAUUCUGGGUGGGGACAACCUGGGGCCAAGUCACAAAGUACUAAUAAUGUGCCAUCUGCGAGUGUUGCGAAUAAUACUUCUCAACUCAACACAUUGGCAACGACAAAUUCAACCACAAAGCAGCAAUUGGAGCAGCUCAGCAAUAUGCGUGAAGCCAUUUUCAGUCAAGAUGGCUGGGGUGGACAACAUGUAAACCAAGACACCAAUUGGGACAUCCCUGGAAGUCCUGAACCACCGAACAAAAUAGACGGUUCAGGAAACUUGCCCUGGAAGCCGUCUGUCAAUAAUGGUACUGAAUUGUGGGAGGCUAAUCUUCGUAAUGGCGGUCAACCCCCACCGCAACCUCAGCAGAAGGCCCCUUGGGGCCAUACCCCAUCGUCAAACAUCGGUGGUACUUGGGGUGAAGAUGACGAAACUGAUAGCUCUAACGUUUGGACCGGAGUUCCCAAUCAACAACAAUGGGGAGGUAACAACUCCGCCAACGGAGCUGCCAUGUGGGGCGGACCUCCCAAAAAGCAAACAAUAAACGAUAAACGCCAAACGACCAUUUUCAAGAAAAGGAUCGAAACGAAUUCAACGGAAAACGAAUGGGGUACCGUUGGUAAUACCGCUGGUGGAUGGGGUGCUGAUCCAAGAGCUGCUGAUCCUCGAUCUACUGGCAUGGAUCCCAGGGAUAUGCGACCAGAUCUCAGAGAUAUACGAACAAGUGCUAAUGAUUCUAUGAGAAUCGUCGAUCCAAGAGAACAACAACUCAGAAUACCAGGGAACGAUAUGAGAGGUGACCCAAGAGGAAUUACUGGUCGCCUGAACGGGGCUGGUACUGAGGCCUUUUGGAAUCAGGCUGCUCCACACUCAGCCGCUCAGCACAUGCAUCAUCAGAACAAAAUUGGACCCGCAUCGACAGCUGGUUGGGAAGAACCGUCGCCACCUUCUCAAAGGCGUAAUAUGCCGAAUUACGAUGAUGGUACAUCUUUAUGGGGCAACCCGCAACAAGGUUCUCAUUGGAACGAUCUGCCUACAGGCGCUGCUAUGGCCCGCGGUAACGUAGCCGUUCCACCUGGUAUGCCUCAGCCGAGGAUUUCGCUGCCCAUGAGAAACGGCGGUUCCUGGGACGAUGGUAGCAAGUGGGACGACCAUCCCAAGUGGCAGAAACCAAAGAUGCCAGUUGGGACUGGUCCUCUGUGGGACAAUGAGCCCGAUUGGAGUCACAAGAUAGCCGGCCCUAACAAACAGCAGUUCACGAAGGAAAUGGUGUGGAAUUCUAAAGCAUUUCGAUGUUUGGUGGAUAUGGGAUUUAAGAAGGAGGACGUCGAAAAUGCUUUGCGACUUCGCGAUAUGAACUUUGAUGAAGCAUUAGAUAUUUUGAGCCCGCUACGCAAUCAAGAGGCCUGGCGACGUGCCGAUGAUGACCAUUUCGAUCAUCAACAGUUUCCAGGCCAGGGAAGGUUUACUUCAGGACCAUCGGGACAAAUGUCCUUUCCUCCUAGCAACAAUUCUUCCAAUAUGCUUAGCAAUAUGAAUAACACAGGCGGAGCUAACAAUAGCCUAAUCAAUAAUAUAUCACCUGCCGUUGUGCAGAAAAUGCUGACGCAGGGAGCUAAUGCACAAGUAUUUGGCGCUGGAAAUGGAUCUGGCAGAGGAAAUAUGCCCCAUCAGACGCAACCAUCAACUCAACAACUCCGUAUGUUGGUACAACAAAUACAAAUGGCUGUACAGGCCGGUUACCUCAAUCACCAGAUUCUCAAUCAACCCUUGGCACCGCAAACUUUGGUUUUAUUGAAUCAAUUACUGCAACAGAUCAAGGCCCUUCAACAGUUGUCAAACCAGCAACAAAUUGCAACUCAAUCUUGUAUGAAGGGACAACAAAACAACACUAUAUUACAGUGCUCUGUACUCAUUACGAAAACGAAGCAACAAAUUACCAAUUUACAGAACCAAAUAGCUGCCCAACAAGCCAUUUACGUGAAGCAACAACAUCAGAGUUUGACCGGCGGGCCCAAUGACUUCCUGAAGAACACGUCGAUGCACGAUUCCAUAAAUUCGAUGCAAACGAAUUUCGCUGAAUUGGGAAUUAAGGAUCCUCAACUCUCACAACAACAAUCAAGACUGAACCAGUGGAUUAAACCAGAUAAAGAGGAAGGGGGAGAAUUUAGUCGCGCUCCUGGAUCCUCAUUGGCUACUUCUCCAAACAUGAAUCCAUUGGGACUCACCCAACCUGAUGGACCAUGGUCUAGUGGUCGUUCAGGUGACACUGGCUGGCCCGAUCCAGCGGUUGUUGAUGUGAACAGUGAAAAAGACUCUCAAUGGCCUACUUCAGCACAGCCUUCCUUAACUGAUCUUGUACCUGAAUUCGAGCCUGGCAAGCCCUGGAAGGGCACGCAAAUCAAAUCAAUCGAAGAUGACCCCAGUAUUACUCCCGGAUCGGUGGUGCGUUCGCCAUUGUCUAUAGCAACAAUCAAAGACAAUGACUUGUUUAGUAUGAAUCCCAGCAAAAGUCCCCCAACGGGCGAUAUCGGAACUUUGAGUUCUUCAACAUGGAGCUUCAACCCUCCUGCCUCAACUACCAGUGCAUUUACUAGUCCCCAGAGCAAGUUAGCAAACAAAGGACUGGAGAAUCCCACAACCGCAGUCACUUCAGAGUUGUGGGGAGCUCCUAAAUCACGAGGCCCACCCCCGGGUCUUCCGUCAAAAUCAGGAUCUUUAGUCAAUGGUUGGUCCAAUACUAUUGGCAGUGCUGCGCCAUGGAAUACAAAUCAGCAUAGACCUUCAUCCCAUUGGAUAGCCACAAGUUCCCAGUGGCUUCUACUACGCAAUCUCACUGCCCAGAUUGAUGGCUCCACUCUCAGAACUCUGUGCAUGCAGCAUGGACCAUUAUUAAGUUUCCACCUACAUCUACACCAAGGUUUUGCACUUGCCAAAUACUCAUCUCGUGAGGAAGCGACAAAGGCCCAAACUGCUUUAAAUAAUUGCGUAUUGGGCAACACUACAAUCCUGGCAGAAAAUCCCACAGACUGGGACGCUAACACUCUCCUUCAAAGUGUUGCCAGUCAGGGAGGCUCUUCCGGAGGUUGGAGGGGCAACAAUAAGCAGCCUGGUUCAGGCGGCGAUGCAUGGAGUUCCGGUUGGAGCAACAACAAUCCUUCUGCAAACCUUUGGGGCACUUCUGGCUUAGAUGUGUCUGAUGCUGCUAGAGCAACUCCCUCUAGUUUAAAUUCUUUCCUUCCGGGAGACCUCUUGGGAGGUGAGUCGAUUUAAGACAGAAGUACGAACUUGAAUUUUCGUCAAUGACAUUAAACAUUCAAACGAGUGUCGAUCUUUACACAUUUUCUACAAGUUUUAUUAUAAUGAUUUUAAUGUUUUAUAUUAGGAAAACAUAUAAAUGUCCUACUAGAUGAAACUGAUAUUUAUUGUAUUAUUAUUUAACAAUUCUUUUAUUGUUAUUCUUAAAUGUAAUAUUUAAUUUUUAUGGUGAUUUGAUAAUUGUUUUUUUAAGGAUAUUAUGUUUAUUUUAAGUUUGUGGUUUCGCUAAUAUAUACACUAUUCCAAAAAAGACAUGACACUUUUACUUUUGUUGAAUGUGGUAUCAGAAUCUGAAUGUGAUUUCUCCACAAAUUGUACAAAUGUGUUUUUUGUGGUCAGAUACAUACCAAUUUUCUAAAAAAAAAAAAUGUAUGGUAUAAAUGAUCUCCAUGUUCAAUUUUAUUGAAAAGUUUACGAAAAUUGUGAACGUUAAUUUCUACCAUACUUUCAGAUGAUAAUUAACUUUGUGGCAUUUAAUCAAUGUUAUUUUUGAAAAUUACAGUAAAAGUGUAGUGUCCUGAAAAAAUUGUUAAGGAAUAAUUAUUAUUCCAUUUGACCAGUUAUCUUCUGCUUUUCUAUUUAUUUCAACUGAAAUGUGUAUAUGUUUGUGCAGCGGCAGUUUUUCAAAAGAUUUAUUAACAAAGUAUUAGGGAUGCAACUUAACUCAAUAUUUGCGACUUAAUAUUCCAUUAGUAAAGUGACUGACACAGAAAUUAAAACCGAAGUGUUUUCGUUUUCCAUUGGCGCUCAAGUUGAAACGCACUUAAGGGUGACAUUGAAACUAAUUUUUAACUAGUCCCUUAUGAAACAAGAAUUAUAUUUUUACGUGCACGAAGAAAAGUAAUAUAUAUUUGUGUAAUAUAUAUAUAAAAAAAUAUAUAUACUAGUGGUGACGUUUAUAUUUUAUGACAAAAAUAAUUCUGUACUGUUGUAUGUUUUUGACGAACGUUUCAGCGUAUUUAGAUAUUUUCUUAUAUCGUAUAUUAUCCGUUGUUUUAAUAAUUUAAUGUCGUACCUUAGUUGAACGUAUGUGUUUGUUUUCUUGGUGUGGUUGGCCUCUCUUUGCACAACGCUAUAAGAGUCCCUACGUAGUGUUGCAUAUACCGUCGUCGGAUUGUUUGUAAUUGGAAUUUUCACGAUGAAAAAUAUGCCACUUUAUGUACAUUCCAUAAUAUAAGGAUGAUUGGUUUUGAUCGGACGAAUUUUGAACUCCAGACUAAUUGCAUUUUGACAUCUUGGAAACUCAUCAAAUAAAAAAACAACAGAUCAAUCUGAUUUUCAGAAAUUAAAGUACCUAGUUUUUAUAAUAAAGAAGACGACGGUAUGUGUUAGUCAGUUAUUUCAUCUCGGUAGGUGUCGGUUUGUGCAAAGACUGUGAUUAAAUUGUUAACCCCACAAAUCCUGUGAUCUCUAAUUCCUUAUAUCAAAAAAUACACAUACAAAGUAAUUUGUGUAACACAUUGUUAAAAGGAAACAAAAAAAAUCAAUAAAUCACUACAUAAUUGAACUGUAAGCCCCCGAUCUGGGCCCCUGUUAGCUGGUAUUAUAACACCACACAAUCAGUUCUUAGACUGCACGCUAUAAGUAUUCUUAAAUAAAUUAGUAAUAAACACAAUAUGAAAUAGCUAAUAAUAUAUAUCGUUCUAACUAGAGUUUAUAUAUAUAUAUAUAUAUAUCUAUAUAUAUAUCUAUUAAUUAGUGUAUUUCAUGUACUGUAUGUAUGUUAGCCAUAGACAAGGGUAUAUAUAUAUUUAUAUUAGUCCAUUUACUGUGAUUUUGUCGCCCUUCUCAUGAGAGACGGGAUCAACUGCUCUGUGCUCUGGUCGGGAUACAUCAAACAAUCACAAGUGUUAUCGUGGUGUUCAAGAUAUAUCGACACAUCUGUAGCUAACUGUAUGUGUGUGUAUGUUUGUAUGAAUGUGUGCGAGCACUUAGGUGCCUACAUACAAGUGUGGAAGAAAGAACUAUAAUACUAAUCCCUGUGUUAACGUUACAUUUUCCAUUGUAACUCGAGAAACUUUACCUUUUAGGAGGGCACGUGUGCACAUUACUAUUUUCUUAGGUUAACCUAACCUAACUAGCGAAUAUUUUUGAAAAAAUCCAAUUCGAAAUUUUCUCCGAUUUCUUUUGAAGAUACAGGUGUCUCGGAAUUAGGUUAGAAAACUUCAUUGUAUAUAUAUAUAUAUAUAUAUAUAUAUAUAUAUAUAUAUAUAUAUAUAUAUAUAGGACGGAAACUUCAUAUGAACCAAUAUUUGUAUCCUGUGUUUCGAAAAUGGGUUCAUAUGAGUUUUCAUCCUAUUUUUUAACAUUGAAUUUGUUUAACCUGAUUUACGGACACCUGUAUAUUGUUCAAAUCAUUUUAUCAAUGUUCUUGGACAAUUCAAGUAUUGUCCAAAAAUAUCAUCGUUUAAUAAGGGUGAAAGCCUCUAUCAGAAAUAUUUUUCAUGAGAAAUUUGUUGAGGAUGAAAUUGAAGAAAGAAGACUGACUCCAACUCCUUAGUUAAACAUGCGAAUAAUGACAAGUUCUUCAGUUGCAAUUGAAAUUGUACAUUGUUCAACGGAUUACAGGUUCAAUGCAUUAACUAACAUAUGUUUUUAUGUACACAACUGUGCUGUGACUCUUAAGUGGCUUUUUAAUUUUUAAUAUAUUGUAAAAAUAAAAAAACGAAAAAAAAAAAAUCUGAAAAGCUUUGGUUAGCUUUCAACGUUUCGAUGUAUCCGUCAGCUUUUCCGAAAUUAUCAUAUCCUUUGUGAGAUCGAUUGUUGAAAUUGAUUCAAUCAUUAUCAUUGUAUUAAUAACGAAUUGUUUCGCAAGACCUGAUGAAUAUUUCGAAACUUAAGAAAUGGUGCAAAAAACUGGGCUUUUCAACGAGGGGUGAAUUAUGAAAUUCUGCUUUAAUUUGAACAUUUUUGAGAGACGCUUUUUUUAACCUCUCGAAAUGGCCCAUUAAUUGUAAGUUCCAAUAGAAUUUCUAAAUCUAGUAUCUUAUUGCCAAUAUAGUAUAAUAAUAAUAAUUGUAUUUAGAGUUUAGGUUUUAUGAUAUUACAUAGUAAUUAAGAGUUUGGUAGUAGGGUUUUUUUCUUGUUGUGUAUACUAAUAUGACAACCCAAAGUCUGAAUGUUUGGCUGUAGUUCACUUCUGCACUAUCCAAAAAACGUUUCUGUGAAAUUUCAGUUUAUUUUUCAAAAGGGCUUAUUCGUUAUGGAAUAACUUUAAGGAACUUGUGCCAUUAUGUUAUAUAAAUAUUUGGAGAAAAGUUGAUUGAAAUCGAUUUGAAAAGAUUACCUGAUUGUUUUUUUUUUGUAAAAAAGUUUAAAUACGUGAUUUCAGAUUUAUCUUCCAACUCCCAAAUAUUAACCUGAACUUCAUAAUAUUCAAAUCAAAUGAUCAAACUAGUCAAUAACAUUUAGGGACCAACUGAAAGACUUCUGUGAAAUUCAUGAUAAGGCAAUAAAUGCCGAGUUAAUUGAAUAGCUUUCGAUUAUCAGAAUUUGGAUUGAAAUUUGGGGAAUUUCUGAUAUAAGUGAAAAGCAUAUCAUCUUAUUUAAUACUAAGGCGAUUGAAAUAAUUUUUGGACAGUUCACGAGAUGCGCUACAGCUCAGUAUUUAAAUCAACUGAAGUCCUGUGACGUUCAAGCACUUUAACCUAGGUGCCCAGCCAAAUUUCGUACUCGUAAUUGUCUCGAAUGACUAUUAUAUGCCACAAUUUAAUUUGUGUUUUUAUGUGGGAGUGGAUGGUAUUUUAUUGAAUUCCUAUUUCUGUUUGGAAAAAAUUGUUGUUAUCCUAAUGAAAGAAAAAUCAAACAAGAAUUUAUUCAGGGAAGUAUUAGAAACUCUGAGAAAUAACUUAAUCUUUUUCUUCAAGCCAAAAAAUAUUUUCCUUAUAUACUGCUUUAGUGACCAUGUGAUCCUUUUUUAAUCGAUAAGAUAGUGUGCAUAAUAAAGAUGCACGAUAUUUGUUAAUGAAUCUGUUUUGAAUUAUCCAUUAUAUAUAAAAUCUUGGAAAAAAAGUUGAAAAAGUAGUCGUUUUUUGGUGUUACUGACAAAAUGGAAAAAAAAAAAAAGUGGAUGUUACAGGAGCCACGCUCGAAAUUGUGGAAGAUUAUGAAUGAUUCGUAUAUCUGUUGGCUUUGAUUUGGUUUGUUGGAUGUACUUAAUUUAAAAAGGCAGUGAAUCAAAGCAAUUUUCAACAGAAUGUAAUUACCUGAUAAUUUGCAAUAUAAUAAUGGCAACGAAUGGAAACAUUUCAAAUGUUUCUCAAUUUUAAAUCAUUCAUAAAUCCCAAAAAAUUGAAUACUCGACACUCCAUUUUCAAUCAUUGAAAUUAAAACUAAGCUAAAUAUAUAUACAGGGUAUUGAUCUUUUCUGUUUUUUUUUUUUAUCAUUCCAAAAUAUUGAAGCACUCUUAAUUCUACAUUUCGAGGUACCUACUCACCCAAGUUGUACAAAUUCAUUUGUGAUUCAUUCAAGAUUCAAAAUAUUCUUCACACUUACACAAAAUUCAUUGUUCUUACAUACUACAUAGCAAGAAUGUUUCUGAACCAAAUUAUAAUAUUGUGAGCAAAUGUGCUUCUUAUAAAGAGCCGCCUGUAUAUGGUAUUUAGAUUAAAAGUAUUUGUGAUCAAAGUGCCACUUGUGUUUCAAGUAUAUAUAAUUAAUGUCGCCACUGAAUGUAUAUAUCUUAUUAUAAGAAGAGUAUAAUGAAUAACAAUAUAUUUGAAUUAUAAUUGGCAUAACUGCCAUGGCUAGAAAAUAAUUGGUGUUCGGUAGUAUUCAAGCACAUAAUUAGAUCUUGAAAAUUACAUAUUUGAAUGAUUUUGUAUAAGGAAAACUAAAAAAAAAAAACAAUGCUUAAAUAACCGGAAACAGAUUGACCGUAAUCGAAUUAAACUUCUCCAUUUUAAUAACAAAUAGUGAAAACAAAAAAAAAAUUAAAAUUGUUUGCCUUAUAUGUCAUUCAGAUAGAAAAUCAUUGCACAGGGAUUUUGGAAAAAAAAAGAAGCUGGUGAAAAUUUAUAAAUGCAAGUUUUUUAUAAAUUGAUCCACUUGUACUGUUCCAUUAGUUUUUGACGAUUUUCAAUCCCGUGCAUUGAUUAACAGUAAUUAGGGUUAUUUUCUACCGAAUAUUGGUAAAGUUCUACCUGAAAAUUAUGUGAUUGUUUUUGGAAAAAUUGGCAAUAAUUAAGAAUUCUAUUCUAAUGAAGCCUUUGAUAAAUUCAAUUAAAUGCAAGCCUUUUGAAAUAACGCAGUAGAGAUGACAUUGGAAAAGGCCAGUAUCAUCUUAUCCCAUGAGCUGUUGUAUUUAAAAAUUGAAAAUUUCUCUUCCUUAUCGCCUUGGGUCUGGAAAGGAUUGCAGUGUUCCGAAAAAAAGAUGAUACCAAAACAUGUGCCUCUUUUAGACGAUAUUGUAAUAACAAUAAAUGAAAAUUCAUUUUAUGUGACCUGUCAGGUCUGGAGACUUCUGAAUAAGUGACUAUUGUCAAUUGUAGUUUCUUUUACAACAAUUAAAAGACUUGAGAAUUGUUUGAUCGCAUAAUGCAAUCUGAAUGCUGUUAUUAUUUUCGAAUAUCCAGUGAUAUUUUUCAGCUUUUUUAAAAAAUCCAGUGCGUUCAAAUAAUUCAAAUUGAAAACCAUUUUCUGAUUAUACUCAAAUUGUAUAAAGUUCUGAUUUCAUUUGUGAGUUGGUUGAAAAAUAUCAAUUUGUGGGUUUAUGGGUUAAGUAAGAUAAGACUUAGAUAUAAUACUUAAUUAGGCAGCGUUUAAGUCGAUGUUAUGACUUAAAAAUAAUUAUACCACCAUGUGCAAUACUUUUUUCUCUCAAGUAUUAUCGCUAGGCUUUUGUUUCCUUGUUAUUCACAAAUUUUCUGUUUUGAUGAUCAACUUAUUUCUCUCAAGUAAGGCUACAAUUUCUUGCCAUCUUUCUGAUUAUAUACCAAAGAUGUAAAGUGUCAUAUUUCCAAUAUUUCCCAGUACCUCUCAAAAGUAUCUUCCAUAGGGUUGUGAUAUGUGGUGUAUUCUUACCCUUGAACAAAUCGAAAAUGUAGAGCUGUCCAAAUUCCCUUCAAAACCAUUACAUUCAAAAACUUUGCCAAAGAAGUUCCAGUGAAAUUUUUGAGUGGAUCUGGGACAUGUCUGUAUCCUAUUGGUUAUGUUCUAAAUUUUAACAAAUAAUCUAUAUGUUAAGCACAACCGAAGUGCCUAUUAGCAUGCAAUUGUAAACUCUGGGCCUGACUCUUAGGGGGAAAUUACGAUAGUAUAGUGAAUAUUAACGUUGAGAACCCAUUGUACAAAGAAAACAGAUAAAAUUAGCCGUACAUAUUGAACUGAGGAAGUAUAUUAUAAGAUGUUUUUUUGAUUGUUUGAAAAUUUAUCGACAUCUCUAGGUAGAGAAUCCUGCAAGAAUAUCCAAAGAGAGUUACAAUGAUUACACAUUUCAAAAACUUAAAUUCAUUGUUUGGGUGAUGCAAAAAAUAUUAGGAAAGUUUCAACUGAUAUCCAGCAUGUAACCUCUUUGAGAAUAUGGUGUCUCAUAUUGUGAAAAUUAUCCCAUGAAAAUAUCUGUCGGUUCUCCUUUUGGAUAAUAUUCACAAUGAACUCCUGUAACGCAAAUAGCUUUUGGGCUGGUUUGCUAGGUUUUGGAGCAAAUUUUCAGUAGAGAUAUCGAGUGUUAUUUAGUUUGAUGAUCUCGUUGUGGAGAUUAAAAAAGCUAGCUGGAACUGCCAACUGUAAAAAGAUAGAAGAAAUUUUGUAUGUCAUAAAUAUUUGAAGAGUAACAAGUAGGUUUAAACUGUUAAAAUUGCAAUAUGUUGGAGCCACUGAUUCAUUAGGAGUUGCUGGUUACAGUCGACAGAAGGGUGAUGUGUGUGUUAAGUUAGGAAGGUAUUUGUCAGAUUUGAAUUGGGCCCUCUCUAUCUCAGGUUUGAAAUAUUAUCAAUGUGUUUAAGAGUUAACUUUAAGCUAAAAAACAUUCCUUUCAUAUUUUCAGUUCAUAUCAUAUUCUUUAGUUUUUCAAAAUUAAUGAUAAAUACAAAUUUUGAUGUUAACCAAGUAGUAAAGACCUAGUGAAAUGAUAAGAUAUUGAAAUUCAGUUUCUAAGUUUAGCUCUAUUACGGACAGAAAGACUGUAGUGAACCCAGUGACUGAUAAAUAGCAAAUCAAUUGUCAAUUUUGAGCUUUUCAAAAUAAGCAUCAAGAUUUCUUCAAGCAUUGAAGAUUAUCCUGUUUAAAAUGGUCAUUUAAUUAUUUACAUUCAGUACUUAACUUUGUUUACAUCUUGACUUGUUUUAUUUCUUUGAAUAUUUCUCAUAUUAUAUUUGGAUUAUACCUAAUUUUUGUUAUAUGAAAAAUUUACUUGAAACUUAAAAUUUCAAUAUCGUGUUAAAAUUUUCUAGGUUUAGACCAAAAAGACAUUUGUUUCAUUUAAUUACUGUGCCAAAUUUAUGUUCAAAACCUUUGCUCACAACGGUUUGCUGGAUUUAGAAUCUGUUGAGCCGUUUACGCUUAUCUGCUGUGUAUAUUGACCUAUAAUGCAAUAUAUUUGUAUAUAUUGGCUACAAAAUGUACAACUGUUAUUAUUUCAUAGUAUAUUAUAUCUAUUCACACUAAUUAGGCUAAGUGUUAAUUAUUAAGAAAACUCAACCUUACUCACAAUAUAAAUCAGAGCUCAUGUUCCAUGAUUGAUGAUUGGUUCUCAUUUGCUUUGUCAAGCGAUUGUAAUCUUUAUCUUAUAUUGUUAGUUUAAGUAAUUUAAAAGUAUCUAAGUCAAAAUUUUGUAAGCACUGCUUAAUUGGUUUCGUGUUAUGUUCCUUCAAUUUUUUUGUUAUAUAUUAAUAUCUACCAUGAAAAGUCUGAAGUAUUUACUGAUUUCCCAAGUACUUGUGCUGAAUUCAACGAAAAGGGCUUCCCAGAUUAACUAUAAAAAUAGUUGAAAGAAUAUCCAUGAUUAGUAUUUACUUCAGGAAUUUUUGUUGUUUUAAAUUGAGUUGUACUAAUUUAUUUUCUCCGUUUAUUAUUCUUUUUCUAUUUGUUUCAAGUUUCGUGUGAUAAAUUUUUUGUGAUAAGGUAUGUUGCAAGUUGUCGAUAACAACAUUUUCAUCUACCAUAAUUAGUAGGAGUUUGAAACAUCACGAUAGUACCAUUUGGCUGGAAAGAUAUUGUUUGAUGUUGGUACAAAGUUUUUAUUCAUGAUCAGUUUUCCUAAAGAGGGAAAUUAAUUCGAAUUUCAAUAUGCACAUGACCAGAUGAAUAAAAAUAUUACUUGUACACUGAAACAAUGAAAUUUUCCUUUUUAAUUAGGGAAUGUUUCCAAUAUGUUAUUUGCUUAAGAUAUAAACAUAGUUUAUGUUUCUAUAUUUCUAAGUGGGUUUCUAUAAUUCUAAGGUCAAGAUUAAUUAAAUUAUCUUUCAUAAUACUUGGCAAAUUUUUUCAGCCAUGUAGGGAAAAAUUAUAAUUCUUUCUAACGAAUGGCCUAACACGAUCCCUCCUUAAGUCUAGUCCAAUAAUAAUGAAACCAAUAUUCCAGUAGUUGAACGAGUAUAUAAACAGAGGUAAUAGAGCAGAAACAGUUAGUUAAUUCAUGAAACUGAAGAAAUUUGGGCAACUAUAGUUCUCAUAUAUUUUAUGUGGAUAAUUGAAUUGAUGUACAGUACAAUUAUUAUAUGAUUUUUAUUAUGGCUUAAUUCAAAUACUAGUUCCUGUUUAAUAUAUUUUUAAUUGGAGAAAUAUUUUAUUUGAAGUAAUUUAACCUUGUAUGGUUGUGUUUUUCAGUGAAAUGUAAAUUAAAAAAAAAAUAUAAGUACUGGUAAGAUGUAUUAAACAUGGUUUCCUGUUGGGGUAAAUGUGAUAAAAAGACAAUUCGUAAAUCAGAAUAUCUUGUAAUAUCGCCACCAAUCAUCUAGUGAAAUCUUUAAAUGAUAUCAUGAAUAUAUUUAUCACCUUAGACAUAUUGUAGAUGUUUGUGAUGGAUUUAUCUUUCAUUAUUUUGGUCAAAUAUGCUCACAGAACUACCUUUAUAGAUCUUAUAAAUAAAAUAUAAGCUUGAAUCUCAACAUUCAUCUGUAUUUCCUUGUUUGCUAUUGGAAGGUAAACUCAGGGACCAGGCCAAAUGUCACGGUGAUAUCAAAUGAAUUUUAGAUGAAGUAACGAAAAAUCAAAUAUUCAAUCUACUGCAAAAAUUCAAUUCAUACCCAAAUGAAUAAGUAAUAAACAUUUCAGUAAGCUUAACAAUAAUAUGAUAAUCACUGUCAUUCUUUUCAACAGAUUACCCAACUGUACUGCCAAACUAAGCAAUCAUUUAUUUCUAGUUGGUAUUGGAAAUGUGUGGUUCAAUACAAUUCUUGUUUGUUUGCAGUACAGUUCGGCACCUAGGAAUAAGUUGACUUAUUUAAGUGCUUUUAAAGAGCUGUCAAAUUGUUCGAUGCUCUAUACUUGUAACCCUUUGACCAGUAUGCAUUCAGUAAUAAAGGUUGUCUUAAAUGUA